AUGAUGAAAACGUCAAUUGAACAGCUGCCAUUGGAAUUGUGGAUAGAAAUUCUUUCAUAUUUAGAAGCACAUGACAUUUUUCAUGCUUUUAGUCGAUUGAAUCAUUAUUUUGAUGAAAUAUUAGCUUCGGAUUAUCUUUUAUUCAAUGUUCGAUUGGACAAAACUGACCGAAAUCCAUUAGAAUAUUCUGCUCAACCCUAUUGGCCCCAAUCCAUUCUCAAUCGCAUAAUUAGUCUUCAACCUGUCUAUUUUACUCAGUCGUCCCACAUAUCUGAAUUUCUUCGAUGGCAUUCCAUCCAGUUAAUUCGAUUGAAAUCUUUAACAGUGAAACUAUGUGGACGUGAAGUUCCUACUCUAUCUUCUGUUCUACCACAACUUCGUUCACUUGACUAUCUUCAGAUAAAAUGUACUCCAAAUCAACAACUACUUAACGCCAUUCUUGCUCUCCCUAGUUUAAACACUGGUCGAUUCCGGUUCUCUCGACCGAUUACAUCAAUCGACAUCCAUUCGGAUAAUGUCAGUCAGAUGAAAGUACUCGAUAUUCGACUUGAAGAUACUUCCUACGGUUUUGUGAUGACUUUGUUGUUGAGUCAUAUGCCAAACUUACGAUGGUUGCGAAUGAAUAAUUAUGAUACAUAUAUUAAAAAUCAAGAAUGGUUGUUCUUCGAUUCGUUAUUCACUCUUCCACGACUGCAUACACUUCACUUCAAUUGUCUUUCGAAUUAUUCAUCACCAGUUGUUUUUCAAAACUUUCAUCGAAAUCUACCAGCUGCUAAGCAUGCUAGUUUCGGUUUAAAUUUCGAUUUUAUUCACGAAGAUCUGAUCGAUCACGUCAUUCAUCACUGGUGGCCGAUUUUAGAGACACUUGAGCAGGUUAAUUUAACAAUCACAUGUCGAAACCGUCACCUAAUCGUUUCCGAUCAGAUGUUUUCGAUACUCAAUGAAUUACAAAAUGAAGUUGUCAAAACUAAGUGGAAUGCAAAUACUUCUUCAAGAUUUCUAAUUGUGAAGAUCUCUAUUUGUAAAUCUAUUACGUCAAAAUAA